GUCCAUGAAGGCAAUCGCCUUGUUGUUCCCCUGUCCAGUGUGAUCAUGGAUGUUGUACAGUCGAGUUGUUGAACAGUUUGAUGUAAGGGGGACAACUCUUGUGUUUUGAAACACCAGUAACACAUUUGCUAGGACGUCGACUAACGUUACGUGUCCUUAAAUGUGUCUGAAAGGGAGCCGCUAGUCUCGUCGGGGCUAAAGCUGAGAGCUAGCAUGUACCGUGUACCUGUGUAGCAGCUGAAGAUAAACAGGGAAGACACACAGCGAGACUGUCAUCUUAAACUGAGAGAGUUUGGUUUAAAUUAGAGGAGCUGAGUCGGUAUAAGUUUGCCCUGACAGUAACAACCAUAAGUGGCCAUGGCCACUCGAAUAGAGUGUAUAUUCUUCAGCGAGUUUCAUCCCACUUUGGGCCCAAAGAUAACAUAUCAGGUCCCGGAGGAGUACAUCUCACGGGAGCUCUUUGACACAGUUCAGGUUUAUAUUAUCACUAAGCCAGAACUACAAAACAAACUAAUAACAGUCACGGCUAUGGGGAAAAAGUUAAUCGGCUGUCCUGUGUGCAUUGAACAUAAGAAGUACAGCCGGAACGCCCUCCUGUUUAACCUGGGCCUUGUUUGCGAUGCUCAGACCAACACGUGCGCCCUCGAGCCGAUUGUCAAGAAGCUCUCUGGGUAUCUCACCACUCUGGAGUUGGAGAGUGGCUUCAUAUCUAAAGAGGAGAGCAAACUGAAGCUUCUACCCAUCAUGUCAACGUUGUUAGAAGAACUCAAUGCCACAGGAGCCUGCACUUUACCCAUAGAUGAGUCAAACACUAUCCACCUAAAGCUGAUCCAACUACGAAGAGACCCCCCUAUAGUCCAGGAGUACGAUGUGCCCGUCUUCACGAAGUGCAAAGACCACUUCAUCAAGUCUCAGUGGGAUCUGACCACUCAACAGAUCCUGCCCUACAUCGACGGAUUGAGACAUAUCCAGAAAAUCUCUGCUGAGGCAGAUGUGGAGCUUAAUCUAGUUCGUAUCGCUGUGCAGAAUCUCCUAUACUAUGGGGUGGUGACCUUGGUGUCAAUUUUCCAGUAUUCAAAUGUGUACUGCACCACUCCCAAAGUCCAGAGCCUCAUAGAUGACAAGUCCAUUCAGGACGAGUGCCUCAAUUACGUUACUAAGAACGGUCAGAAACGUGCCAGCCUGAGAGAUGUGUUCCAGCUGUACUGUGGCCUGAGUCCAGGCACCACUGUCCGAGACCUUUGCUCCCGCUACUCGCAACAGCUUCAAAGGGUUGACGAGAGGAGGCUGAUCCAGUUUGGACUGAUGAAGUCUCUCAUUCGACGACUGCAGAAAUAUCCUGUGAAGGUGAUACGUGACGAGAGGAGCAGGCCGCCUCGACUCUACACCGGUUGUCAUAGUUACGAUGAGAUCUGCUGCAAAACAGGAAUUAGUUACCAGGAGCUGGACGAACGUUUAGAAAAUGAUCCUAACAUCGUCGUGUGCUGGAAGUGACUUGAAGCUAUCAGACUGAAAGACACGGAGAUGCCACAACCAAAAAUGCCUUUGAGCAAGAGGAAGAGAUUUCUUAAAUGAAGAGCGAAAACGAGUAGUGUUUUGUAAUUUUGUUAGCUGAGUAUUUUUAAAAUGUGAUCUUCUUUUCAUGAAGAAAUCAACAUCUGUUUGAAGGCAGUGAAGGUGAAUUUUGUUAAUAUUGUACAGACAAAAAUGCAAGAUUAUAACACCUAAAUAAAUCAUUAAAUGGAGCUGAAAA